AUGUCAGCCAACGCCAAAAAAGCGAAUCCAGUAACAGAGAACACUCUAAAGACAAUCAAUAAUUUGAAAGUCAAUUCACCGCCAUUAUUCACAGAGAUUGUAAGAGCAGCCAACAAAUAUCAGCAACAAUGUCAAGCAUUGAGUCAGGCCGGUAUCGUCUUGGCUGACACCAUCGCCAGACUAACUGUACACAACACUGGUGAUUUCGGUGAAGGUCUAAAGAAACUAUCAGAUGUAAUUAGAGAAUUGGAAACAAAGAGAGAUGAAGUUUCAAAAACAUUAUUAAAUGAUUUCAUUGCUCCAUGUAAACAAUCGAUUGAAACAGAUCACAAGGAUAUUCUAACAUUCGAAAAGAAUUAUAAAAAAGAUAAAGAGAACAUGAGACAAGAGAUUCUUAAACUUGAAGCCAAGACUAGAAAGGCAGGAAAGAAGACUACUGCUGAAGUACUUAAACAACAAAUCACAGAGUUAAAUGACAAGAUAAAGGAAUCAGAUCAAUUAAACACAAACAAGUUAAGAGAUGUAGUUUUGAUGGAGAGAAGAAAGUUUGCAACAUUUUUAUCACAAUUCAAUCAAUUCCUCGAUAAGGAAUUGGAUCUAUCGAAUGAAUCGAAUGUCAAACUAACUGCUGGAUUACAAACAUGGAGAGAUUUAAUUAAUGUUCAAAAUCAAUUACCAGGAGAUGUUGAAUCACUGAUUAGUAAACAGGAGAGAACAUUGGUUCAAAUUCAACCACAGGCAGACAAUGGUGAUAGCUAUCGUAUUUCAUAUGCACCUGGUAAGGUUCAAGGAGGAGGUAGCAGUUCGGCAGCUGGAUACGACACCUAUGAAUCGUACGACUCUUACGAUAACUACGAUUCGUCGUACGAAAACUCUUCCUACACAGACAACUCCUACGAUUACAACAAUAGCGGUGGCGGUGGCGAGUUGCAAGCACGUGCACUCUACGACUAUGAGAGCCAAGAGUCGACCGAUCUCAAUUUGCGUGCCGGUGACAUCAUCACCGUCAUUCAGCAGGACGAUGGUUCCGGUUGGACCAAGGGUAGAGACUACCAUGGUACCGAAGGUAUUUUCCCAUCCUCAUAUAUAGAAUAUAUUAGUAAGUUCUUGAUUGACGAGAUCAUAAAUAAAAGAGCUCCUUACCUAGAUUAUGAAUAUACCAACUACACCGGACAAAGAUUCGAAAUGCAUGUUCCAGGUCGUUACCACAAUGUUGCUGCGGAUCAAAAAUCCAUGAAGAUCGGACCUAAUACCAAGAUUAGAGUAUGGGAACCAAAUGGAAAAAUUUGGGAGAAAGGUACUGGUAACUACCCUGAGGGUUCUACUAUCCCCUAUGAUUCAAUCACUCAAGCUGUGGACAAUUCCUUCAAGUUUUCAAUUGAUAUUCGAUUCAAACACACCAUUGCAGGUAAACCAGAGAAUGACUAUACCUUAGCCAUUAAACCACUCCAUUUUGAAAAUAGCGUUAUUACAUCUGGAGGAGAUUACCUUGGAGUUCAAAUCCCACAACUCAACCCACCCGAUUCUUUGAUUGUAUCACAGAUUUCUGUUCGUGAGGUCCCAUGGCCACACCAAAUCGUUGCCAAUGGAUCGGUAUAUUUCAAAUAUAAUCCAACAACCGAAGAUAUCACAUUCACAAAGACAGAAGGUUUCCCAGUAAACAUGGAUAUUGAGAAAGAUGACAUUUGGGGCUUUACCAUAACUCUAAAAGAAAUUUGGUAUUUUAUCAAUGAUAUAGUUGUCUUUCAAAGACCGAUUUAUUACUUAUUUUAA